AUGGUUCUCGCACGGAAAGGGUCGUCGGUCAAGCGGAAAAGCGGCGGCAGUAGCUCGAUUGCAACUUCUACCUUGUCGGCCGAUGCAACCGCGCGUCAGGUAACGCGCGCAGAGUUUAUGGAGCUCGCUGCAGCGGUCACCCAACUCAAGAAAGACUCGUUGAGGCAUCAAGCAAUCGAGAGUCAACUCGCGAGCGAUCUCGAGUUUGCAAAUGCACAAGCUGCAGCGAACAAGACGGCUAUGGGUACGCUGGCAGAGCUGGUGCUUGAGAAGACGUCCGGUAUUGAGCAGCAAGGUGCGACGGAGUUGCAGACGCUGCAGGUGGAGUCAGAGCAGCGACUCACCGAUGUGAAGCUGGCGUUGGAGCGUCUCGAGUUCCGUCUCCGUCACCAAACCCGAGACUGUCAAGCACUGACGGAACAGGUUGAACGACAUCAAGAGGUAAUGCAGGCGAUGCGGACACAACUAGGGCAGACGCAACUACUCGUGGAGAAGCAGCAAGAAGACGCCAAGACGUUCGUGGAGAAGGUCGAGUACGCUCUUUCAUCCUCGGAGACCAACGUGAUGAUUGCCACUGCCCAGUGUGCACAGAAGCUCGAAGCUUUCCAGCAACGCAUGGUGGAGUACGUCAAGAAGCUCGAUGAUGACACACAAGAGCCCCUGAAGCAGCUAUCGUGGCAAUUACGAGACGUUGAGAGCAGGGGAAAACGUCAAACCACGCUGUUCCAGCAGGCUUUGGAUGAUCUCGUGGAGAUGCGACAGGCUUUGCAUGAGCUAGAGAGUCUGAAGGCGCUUGUCGAGCGGGAGCAAGAGUUUCGUGAAUACUCACGCAAAGAGGUAGCGCAGUCAUGUUUGUAUUUCUCUGUUCGUCAUGGAUCGUAUUGA